GGUCGGGCGGAGUGUUUGAGCUCUGAGCUCAACAUCACCGGAGCUCACUCACUCUCUGCCUCUGUGAGUGUGAGGCGGUCUCUUUUUCUCUCUCUCUCAGUCUGGACUCUGAGGGUUCGGGAUUUUCUCAACAAAAGUACACCGACCUCAGAGCCACGGGCAUUCACUCUCCAAACACGACGUGGAUUCGGAUUAUUACCGUCACUGAAAUCCGCUGAAGUUUAAUUUAUAUCGCAACUAUAAUGAAUCUCACAAGGAGAAAUGCAUCGCACCGUUUGUAGUUUAUUUUAAGGACACAUCCUCAAACCACUCGGGGUCUCGUUUUUUUUGCUUUCAUGGUGAAUCGGUCUAUCAAGAUGAACUUGCAGUGGAGCAGUCCGGCACAAUGCAUCCGCACCGGGAGAGUCGCGCACAAGCGACUGGACUCAGACGAUCAGCCGCCAGCCAAAUGCGCCAGGCUGAGCGCCGAGGCGGGGGACACACAGGGACUCCUCGCCACAUCUCCCGGGUCCCCGGUCAGCCCAGUCUCAAGCUCUGUUCCGGCGACCCACCAGGGGCCAUCCAGUAUAGGACCGUUUCUGCUUCUACCUCUGGCGGACCGGGAGAGCGUGCACAGCGCGAUGAACACCAACAGUGGCGAUGAGCUGCUGUGCAAGGUCUUUGAUAUGGGGGUGUACCAGGAAAAGAUCAGAGCCUACGGCAUCCUACCAGCCCACAGAAAUGUGGCCGGCGUAAGGGACAUCAUCCUUGGCGAAUGCAAAGCCUACGUCUUCCUGGACAAGGACUUUGGGGACAUGCACACCUUAGUGAAGAGCUGCCGCAGGCUGGAUGAGGAGCAUGCCUGCAGGCUUUUCCGUCAGGUGGCUCUGGCUGUGACACACUGCCACCAGGCCGGCAUCGUGCUGGGGGACCUUAAACUGCGAAAGUUUGUCUUUGCUGAUGAGAAAAGGACACAGGUGAGACUAGAAAGCCUCGAGGACUGUCGUGUCCUGGAAGACCCCAGCAACGACUCCAUGUCAGACACCCACGGCUGCCCCGCCUACGUCAGCCCAGAGAUCCUCAGUGGCACUGCGCCUUACUCUGGCAAGAUGGCCGACAUGUGGAGCCUGGGAGUCAUGCUGUACACUAUGCUGGUUGGCCGCUACCCCUUCCACGACCCGGACCCGGCCACGCUGUUUUCCAAAAUCCGCAGGGGCCAGUGCUGUUUGCCAGAGGGCUUGUCGCCCAGGGCCAAAUGCCUGCUCCAGAGCCUGCUGAGGAAAGAACCCUGGGAGAGACUCACGGCAAAAGAGCUGCUCGCUCACCCGUGGUUCCACCAGGCGCCGUCGUCGCAGGAAACGGCGCUGGGUGAACAGGAAGUGAGCUCGGCAGAACAGAUGGUGCCAUCAUUUGACGUGGAAGAGGAUGAUGAUCUGUUUUGCUGACGAACCUGAUUCAGCCGAGUCUGGCUGAGGGACCAAAACAGAGAUUGCUAUGAGGGAUCCAUUGUUGUUUGUUUUUCUACAUUGGCACUUUUUAGAAACCCAUUUGUGUAUUGUCGAGUGUACAUACACCCUCAGGCUUUCUACAAAAACUUGCUGUACUGUAUUUUGUUGUUGUAUAUGUGUUACUUGUUAAGGGCAUUGUUCACAAUGAUCACCCAUUGUGUUUUCAUAUGUAUGUUUUUGAAAGUAUGUGGUGCUAAAAGAAAUCACAAGGACACAAGAUUUUUUUGACAGAUUAUGUUAUGAAAGUAAUCUACCACAGAGAAGUAACCAAAAGGCAAACAGUUGUCACCAACGGUUGUUCUGUGCCUGGACUCCCAAGGCUUCAGAAAGCAUUAGAUGAAUCCUGAACGGUAGGCGAGGAGACUUGUUGUUCCUCUCUCGGACCAGGCUGGAGGCUCCGCCGGCUGACUCACCGAUCCGGCUCGAGGAAGGCCAAGCACGAGCUUAACGUCUCGCAGCAGGCAGUGUCAUAAAGUGAGAAAGAUGCUUAGCAGGGGACUGAUUGUCACACUCAGCGGGGACACUACGAAGGUGUCUCACGGCCCAUAAUACAUGCUUUGCUCUCCACUCGUCUGAGCAAAUGGAGAGCAUUUACAAAUCUCACCUCAUGCACAGAAGGUUGAGAAAGGCAGGGUGUUACUGCGUAAACUCACAGAAAAGUGUGAACGAUUUGUCACACACACACACACACACACACAACAAUAAGCA